AUCUCAGAUCCUGACUUCUAACUCCUCUCGACGCGCAGAAGUCAACACCUUGCUUCGCAGUGCAGCAGCACCGGGACGCACCGAUCGUUAUCCCCAGCACGACAUCACAUCGCAGUAGUUUGAGCGCCGUCCCCGCCCAACAACCCAUGCUCACCCGCCUCGCGCGCCUGCUCCGCGCCAAGCCCACGACCCACCGCGCCGCAAGCUCAAUGGUGAUCGAGACGUCCAAGCUGAGCGUGCUCCAUGGCCCGCUGCAGCCGCACACGCAGCCGGGGGACACGACCCACCCGACCGGGUUCGCGCGGGACGGGUACUGCUGGGGCCUGGCCGAGGACCGGGGGGAGCACUUUGUCGCGGGGGUGGUCACCAAGGAGUUUCUCGAGUUUAGUGCUGCGCGGGGCAACGACCUGUCCACCCCUCGACCUGGCUUCGUGGGCCUCACUGAUGGCUGUCGCUGGUGCCUCUGCGUCGCGCGGUGGAAGGAGGCGCUGGUCGCCUCUGAGCGGCUGGGGGAACGCGUCGUGCCGAGAGUCGACCUCGCUGCCACUGCCAUGGACACGCUGCGGUCUGUGCGGCUGGAAGAUCUGCGGCGCUUUGCAUGGCCCGGGGGAGGCGGGGGACCGGGCGGCGGGGCAUAACUGGGCGAGAGGUAAUCUCCCGCUGAUAAGCCAAGGAAGCAACACAACACAAUAGUCCACCGGCAGCGAGCAAGGCAAUGGCCACUGGCCUGCAUCCGACGUUGUACAACAUGUGAGAUGGGAUUGUCCUGGGGCAGUGGGGGGCAAGGGGGCAAGGGCAAGGGUCUAUCAAUGGUGGCGCGUUAUCACGCAAGCUUGUAGGCGGCUGUGAUCGCCGUGAGGGCGCGAACGCGGCGCAGAUCAAACCAUGACAACCACAGCGGCCACGACUCCCGCGACGGCCAACACACCCGCCGUGACACGCUGUCUGCCGCUGCUCGGCUUGUGCGUAGGGUACACCGUGUUGUCUGGCGACGGCGUGUAUCCGGGCGGGUAGGACGGGGCGGAUCCGCUGGCCUUGAGCUCAAACUGCUGCGACGAGACCGAGGGAGCAUUGUUGAACUGCGCGACGAGCACAAAGCCCUUGCCGGGCUGCGCGCCCCAGAGCGGGCGGGCCGUGUCGAGCGUAAACGUUGUCGUGCCGUCGGCAGGCUUGAGGACCGUCUUGAUCUGGAGCGUGCGCUUGAGGAGCGACGUGUCGCUGUUUGUGAGGAAGAUGCGCAGCGCCGUCGUGUUGGCGGCAAAGUGCAGCUGGAGCGUGUUGGGCUGCUUUGCCGGCGCGCCGAGCACCCACCACGACGCGUUGGUCGGGAACGUGAAGCCCGUCGUGUCGCCGUCGUCGGGGUUACCGCCCAGCACGCCGCCGUUGCCCGUGCUGUUGCCGCUGCUGCUGCUGCUGCCCGGCGCGCCAGUCGGCACAGAGUCGGCAAACGUGACCGUGCUCGCUGCGCCGCUGAUGGUCAGCGUGUCGGCCGCGUCGGCAACCGUCGUCGUCGCCGUGCUGUUGUGCACGACGGAUUUCGCGUUGCGUGUCGAGGUGGUGCUGCGCGUGCCGGUGCUGUUGCUGCUGCUGCUCUGGGCGACGGCGAGCGUCGCAAAGGCCAGGAGGGACAGGGGUGUAGACAGGAGCAUGGUGGAUGCGGGUGUGGUGUCGGGAAGUGAGAGAUGAAGCAGAUGACAGA